UUGUAGUCAUUGAUAUUCAUACAAGAGAGACAGUAAAGGCUGAAGAACUAGCCAAAUACGAUCGGCGCUUCGUCGCCGUCAAGCGAUGGACAAAAGUGAUUUGGUGAAAUUUCGAAGUGAAUGUAUUUCUGCUCAUAAUUUCUACCGUUCUCUCCACGGCACCACACCUUUGGUAUGGUCGACAAGGCUCGCUGACGGAGCUCAAAAAUGGGCAGAGCAACUCGCCUCAGCCGAUUCACUAACCUACAGCCAAGAACGGGGCAUAGGAGAGAACAUAGCUUGUCUCUGGGGGUCAAAUGUUACGGGAAAUAAAGUCACUCAGAUCUGGUAUGAAGAAUCGCAAAACUACGACUACUCUGCACCCAGGGUUACGCCUAACAAUCGCCCAUUCUGUCAAGUGGUUUGGGAAGGAACCCGUGAGUUAGGAGCCGGCAAAGCUUCCACCAAAAAUGGUAAGCAAGUGGUCGUCGCUCGGUAUCAUCCACCCGCUUCAAGAAAGCAAGUCGAGAAGAAUGUCAAAUCACCCAAGAUCGACGGAUCGACAGCACUUACAACCAGAACUUCGGUCGGUCUUCGGAAGUUUCAGGAAGAAUGUCUCUUUGCUCACAACGAAUUCCGUGUCCUUCACGGUGCCCCGCCUCUUCACUGGUCCCCCUCACUCGCUUGGGCCGCGCAGCAAUGGGCUGAGGAACUGGCAGAGAUUGGUGAACUCAAACACAACAACGAUGAGAUGGUAGGAGAGAAUCUCGCUGGCAUGGUCGGUGAUGAACUGACCGGGAAGGAGUGUACGGAUAUGUGGUACGAAGAAGUCAAUGAAUUUAACUUUGAGAACCCGUGUUAUAGUGAAGAAACUUCGAAUUUUACUCAGGUUGUAUGGAUCGGCAGUGAGUUACUUGGAGUAGGAAGAGCGAAAAUAGCAGAUACAUGUAUCGUCGUAGCAUUCUACGAGCCCCCUGGUAACAUAGAGGGCUCGUUUGGAGCCAAUGUCAGACUACAAGGAACCAAAGUAAAAACCUAUCGAUUAACCAAGGAAAUGAAGACUUUUAUUCCGCCUUCGCCUGAUCUUGAGUGGUUUCGUAUCGAGUGUUUAGUCGCUCACAAUUAUUUUCGUGCACGGCACGGUGCUCCGCCCCUUGUUAUCGGACAAGCUCUUAACGAAGAAGCGCAAUACUGGGCCGAGCGAUUACUGGUCACCGGGGCAACGGAAGAUCUACAAGAUUCCAGAAUAGGAAUCAAUGUUGCUGUUAUACAUGGACAUCAUGUUAGUGGUUUGAAGGUCACUGAACUAUGGUACGACGAAGGAACUGGCUACAACUUCGAAAGCCCGGGCUUCAGCCUAUCUACUCGUAGCUUCACACAGCUAAUCUGGCUGACUAGUCGUAAGCUUGGUAUCGGUAAAGCCACCAAUAACAGCGGUCAGUGUGUCAUAGUUGCUCGAUACGAACCCGUGGGGAAUAUAGACGGUCUAUUUGUGGCUAAUGUCAGACGGAGGGGAGACGAGAGAAAUGGUCUUGAGCCAAUGAUAUUCGAAAGUGAUGUGAAAUAUAGAUUUAAAGUGGAAGGACGACGGAGCUUCCGAAUGAGCUGGGAAGUUGAAGGUACUCAAACCCUCCAAGCAGUGGACAAGACACGAGACAAAACCAGGCGCAAAGAGCAAGCGCAGCCGGCUUACUUGUCAUCCCCCGAAACAUUUACCAGGCUGGUCUGGAUUGAAAGUCCUGUGUUGCCAAGGAAACAGAUGCGAGAGUCAUGUGACCUGGACAUGGAAAAAUCAGACGACGACAAGGAAUCGGGAGUAGAGGAAGUCGAGGAAUUCGAACAAGAAGAGCCCAGCUUGAUAGUGGUGCAGCCUAUUGCUGAGGCUACUGAGACCGGAAAACAAUGCGAACGAGCUAUCGUCUACACUGAGCCGCAGCGCACUGAUAGAUACCCUGAUGUGCGUAGAUCGUUGUCGUUGGACUCUGAAGGUACAGAGCCAGAACCCGAAGAAGGCCGUGUCCUUUCAAGAGUUGCUUACUUCGAACACUUCGAGAGAAUCGAGAAAGACAAACUAGAUCGACCAAAACGGUCUUCAAUUGAGGUGACAGAACAGGUACGGCACGAGCAGUUUCAAGACGAAGAGGCGAAAAGCCACAAACUUAGUGAACAUGAAGAAGCUGUCCGCCAACUCGAAUACGACGAUGUCUUCCCGAAGCAUGACGAAAAUGACGAACGGGAUGACGACUUUGCUUCCGAAGGAGAGGCGGAGGAUGACGAUGAUGACGUCAUGAGCCUCGAAACUGUUUCUGAAGCAGAAGAAGAUUUGCUGGAAGAACUCGAUGAGUACGAAAUGGACCAUCACAUUAAAUCUUAUUGUUACGAAGUAAAUUACCCGCGUGAGGAAGAUGAAAUGAAUAUUAAUAACGAUGAAACUACCGACGAACGGGGUCAAAUAGCAGAUAUCAUUGAAACUGAACUUGAUAGAAUGGAUAAAGAACAAGAUAGUCUAGAUCCCGAUCAUUUUGUUGCUUCUUCUGCGGACAGAGAUGGUAGAGCGAAGAAUGAAAUGCGCGUUGUUGAUACCCACAUUGAAUUUGUUCCAAUCCAAGUUGUAAAACGCCGCAAAGACUUCAACCCCGACGAUGUAAUCUUCGACGAAACUGAAGAAGACAAAGAACUAUUUAAAUAUGAAAUUAAAACACCCGAAAAAGAAAAGCCUGCGAGGCCACUUUGUACGGAAAGUGUUAGUUCGCAAACGCGUGAUCGAGUCGAAUGUGAACUCAAUUUUGAUGAAAUGUUUUCGAGGAUGGAUAAAACUGAAAAACCAAAGGGGAAACCACCACCAACUUUACCAAAACCUAAACGAAAACUAAAAGAGGAAGCUCCAACAGAACCGAGGACAGAUAUAAUAAGGACAUUAGAAACUAAGCAAAUUGUUGAUACUGUGCAUCGAAUUAAAACGGAACCUGAACCGGUUACAGUGCAAAAGGAGGAGAUUGUAGAGACAUCUAAACACGUUACAGAAGAAAAGACCGCGGAACCAAAACUUGUGGAAACACCAAGCGAAUCAAGGGCUGAAAUGAUAAGGACAUUAGAAACUAAGCGAACUGUUGAAUCUGUGCAUCGACUUAAAACAGAACCGGAACCAACAGUGCAAAAAGAGGAAAUUGUAGAGACAUCUAAACACGUUACAGAAGAAAAGCCCGCGGAAUCAAAGCCUUUGGACGCACCAAGCCAAUCAAGGGCUGAAAUGAUAAGGACAUUAGAAACUAAGCAAACUGUUGAAUCUGUGCAUCGAAUUAAAACGGAACCGGAACCAACAGUGCAAAAAGAGGAGAUUGUGGAGUCUUCUAAACACGUUACAGACGAAAAGCCCGCGGAACCAAAACUUGUGGGAGCGGAAUCCAAAGAACAAUUAGAAGAGGCUCCUUGUUCCGAUGAAGAAACAUUUGAAAGCUUUGAUGUAUCAUUUAUUGACAGGAAACGAAAAUUAAAGAAUAUCUUUAAAAGAUUAGGACGUCGAAUAGAACUUAUUCCUACCACAGAAACUAUAACUACACCUAGAGAGUUUGAUAGGAAUACUGAUCUUUCUGAAACUAAAGAGGAAGAAGAAUUAUUUCGUGUUUACGAUGCACCUAUUGUUGAUAGGACGACAAGGAACAAGAACCCCGUACAGGAGGAAACAAUUCUCGCGGAGUACAGAAAGAGAGAUGUAGAAAGUGAAAUUGAUUUUGAAGAAAUGUUUGAAAGACUUGAAAAAGGAGAAGAAACGCCAUCAAAGGAACCUGUCCUAGAACUUACACAAGAUUUAGUUGUUCUUGAAUCAGAAAGAGCAGAAGAGGAACCUCAGGAAGAAAAAGCAAGAGUUGUAAGGUUCGAUAAGACCGUCAUUUUUCAAGAGCAUGAAUCGGUGCAUAAAGAGUUCGUGGAACUAAGAGAGGAGGGAGCUGCCUCUGAAGAAUAUGAAGACGUCGAAGCAGAAUCUGCCCUAGAUUUUGAGGAUCAUUGCGAGGAAUUUGAGGAAGUCGAUGAAGCGCGAACUGAGGAACGGGAACAGAUUACACCAGCGUCUCCGGUACAUCUAGCACAUGAGUGUGAAGAACCUAGUGAACUUUUUGCUGACACAAGUGAUCAAGAAGAAGAAGAAGUUGAGAGCUACGGAGAAGAAGAAGAAGUACGGACAUCGGUGUCUCCGAUGGAUGAGGAGGAAACUUCUGUCCAAUUUUCUGAAGAACUUUCUGAACGUAGUAAUUCUUAUGGAAAUUGUGAGGUUGAUACCAUCGAACCUAGGAAUUCUGUUGCAGAAGUGUACGAAGAAUAUGAGCCUACACCAGUCUCGGUUAUCAGCGAAAUGUCUAGUAGUCGGCCAAUUCACGUAGCUGCUGAUAUUGACAACCAACCAUUGAAAAGUGGUGUUGAAGAGAAAUCUGUCAGGACGACAAUGUACGAAAGCUUUGAAGAAGUGCUACCUGAUGCAUUUGUCUCGCCUGUCAUUGAACCAUCUACUUGUUACAUUGCUGCGGAGCUAAAUCAUCAUACAACAGAGGUGGAACCCGUUGAAGAAGUCGUUGAAAUGGCUGCGCUGUCAUCGGACGAGGAACCUGAGACCAUAGAAAAAAUUGGAGUUCGUGGAAUACCAGAAUCGACUGAAUCAACCGUUUGUAUUACAACAGAAACGACAUUUCAUCACAGAACAGAAAUUGUCCAGAAACGUGCUCCCUCUAUAGAAGUAGAGAUGCCCCUUGAAAAGGAAGAAAGUAUUGAAGAAGAGCCGACCUACAAAGAAAUCUUGCCUAAUGGGCACUGCACUUCAGUUUAUAUUUCUCAUGAUAUCGAUGGGGGAAAAACUGAGAUCAUCACAGAGACCGAAUCAUAUGAAACUGAAAUUCCACAAACCCUUGAAGAAGAGAAGGUUGCAGUGAGUGAGCUACAAUCAGAUUAUGAAAUACCUUCAAAUAUAUCUGUGCAAUCCCAAAGACAACAAGAGGAAAACGUCGAAGAAAACGUAAAAGAAGAAGAAGUUGAACAGCUUGAAGAAGCAGAGCCUGUAACUGCGAAUGUGGAAGAGAUGGUUGAACGAAGAGAAGAGGAAAAAGAAGAAGAAAUCGUAGAGGAGGAAGAAAAAGCAGAACGACUUGAAGAAGUAGUACCUGUAACCGAUGAAGUAGAAGAGACGGUUGAAGAAAGAGAAGAUGAAAAAGGAGAAGAAACCGUAAAAGAAGAAGAAGAAGAAGCAGAACAACUUGAAGAAGCAGUGCCUGUAACCGAUAAAGUAGAAGAGACGGUUGAAGAAAGAAAAGAGGAAAAAGAAGAAGAAGUUGAACAACUUGAAGAAGCAGUGCCUAUAACUGAAGAUAAAGAAGAGACGGAUGAAGAAGGAGAAGAGGAACAAGAAGAAGAAACCGUAAAGGAAGAAGAAGAGGAAGAAGCAAAACAACUUGAAGAAGCAGUGCAUGUAACAGAAGAUGUAGAAGAGACGGUUGAGAGAGAAGAGCAAAAAGAAGAAGAAAUCGUAAAGGAGGAAGAAGAAGCAGAACAACUUGAAGAAGCAGUGCCUGUAACUCAAAAUGUAGAAGAGAUGGUUGAAGAAAGGGAAGAGCAAAAGGAAGAUGAAACCGUAGAGGAGGUAAAAGAACAUGUAACAGAAAGCAAACAAGAAGGCGACCUUGAGUUUCCUGAUGGAUCAGAAAAAUCAGAAGAACGAGAACAAGUCGAAGAAGCAGAAAAACAGCAAGUUGUCGAGAUUGAAAAGUCGCAGACCUUAGUCGUAGAUGAUCGGUUCGAAUACAUUAGUGAGGAAGAGCUGGAAGAAACGGAAGAGCUCUACGAAGCAUUAAGGGAAUCUUUUGAAGAACAGGAUAAUGAAGAGCUAAUUGACGAAGAAAACGUCCGCGUUCAGCAAACAGCUGCAAGAAUAAUACAUAUUGACAGCCAAGAAGAAGAAAACUACGAAGCGUUUGGCGAAGAAGCAUCAGAAGAUGAGAUCGUUUAUGACACCGAGGUUAUAACAGAAGUGGAAAAAGAAAUUACAAGUGCUCUUGUUGUUAAAGAAAGCUUUUCGUCUGCUGUCUGUGAGGACGAGACCGCAAACGAAAAUGUUCAUCCCGAAGAAAGAGAAACAGAAUCGCCAGUUGAGGAAACCCAAGCAAAAACAUUGCUACAGUUCUCAGAGCCAGCUGAUGAGGAUGGUACUGAAGAGUAUGUUGACGAACGAGAGCCGAUGGAUUUGCACGAUGACAGUGAUGACGUCUUUAUGACUGAAGAACAAUUUGAACCAUCUAAGACUCCAGAUAUUGAAGAAUGUGAAGAAUUAGAAAGCUCUGAUGAAAUUAUCGAUAAAGAAGUGGAGUUAAUACAAUUCACUGAGGAGACAGUGGAAGAGGAAAAAGUCACGUCUGGAGAUGAAGAAGUUUUCCAAGAAGAGAAAGCUGUUUCUGAAUCGGAAGAAAGAUCACCCACUCCAGAUGAAGAGGAUGAGAGAGAUGACCUUGACAGCUCAGAAGAAUUUGCAGAGGAAAACAUUGAAUUAAUCCAGUUUGAUGAGCAAGUAGAUGAAGACAAAGCCAUUGAUGAAGGUUCUGAAGUAGAUGAACUAUAUCCUUUAUCUCCUGAUGUCAUCGAAGAAAAGCAAAUUGUUAAUGAAAGCGGAGUGGAGCUGAUACAGUUUACAGAACAGGUCGAAGAAGAGAGAGUAAAAGAUGGUGAACGGAUGGAGUCUCCAGAGCUUGAGCAUGUAGAAAGUGAAGGGCAACAGGAUGAUGAACAAAUCACUGACGAGAAAACCGAACAUAUCCAGUUUGUUGAACAUACAGAAGAAAUAGAAAGUACGCACACCGGGCAAGCUGAAGAAAUGUUGAAAGAAUAUGUAACUAAAGAUUCAGGCAAGAUUGAAGUAGAAGAAGAAUUGGUGAUCAGCCAACCUAUCGCUUGUUCGACGCCUAUAUUCUUAGAUGAAAAAGAGCAGUCCGAGGACACUACAAGCUUUGACGACUCUGCUGAAGCUGGAUACGGAGAGAAGUACGAGGACAUGGAAAACAUCGUCGCACAUGAUCAUUCUCUUGAUGUUUCACAGUCAAUCUCACUUGAAGAGUCCUCUGAUUUGAGUAAUGACUUCUACAAAGCCGAGGCAGAAGAGACAGCUUCAAAAGCAGUGGCGGAAGAAUUUGACGACUCUGGCAGACAAGAGACUGAACCAGAAAGUCUGGAGGAAGUAGAAGACGAAAAAGAGGAGACAAGUGUAACAUCUUCUUCAGUUGUCACCACUACAGUAUACGAAAAACGUAUAAUUAAAACUGAACAUACCAAAAGAGAAUUUGUUGAUUUUACUCCUCUGGAAACUGCUGAAGCUAUGCGACAUAAAGAAUCUAGGGAAGAGCAUUUAUCACCACCCCCAAAAAUUACAGCAACUGAAUUCGUAGCUGCUGAGGAAGAAGAAGGCUCUGAAGAAGAGUACUUACCCAACUUUGAACAUCCCAGGACCUACAUGAUCGAGAGCAAAGAGGUUGUUAUGGAUCGCAAUGCAGUCGAAUCAAAGUUCGUCGAGCAAGAAGAAAGUGCACCCUUGAAAGAACUGGAAAAGGAAGAACAUGAGGAACCUGCUGUUGGAAUCCAAGCUCCCUCUGAGAUGGAUACUGGAAUUGAAACGGAAGUAAUUGAAACUGAACCACAAAAAGUGGAAACCAGGACUACGACUGUAAGUGUAUCUCAUCGAUCUGAGGUCGUGCGAAAACAACAAUCAGAUAUCGAUGAUUUAGAAGAGAAAGAGCUAGAGGAGAGGAUCCAAAGAAAGCAAAAAGCCAUGGAAGAAAAACUCUUGCAAGACGAGAUUAAAGAAGACAUCCCUGAUAAAAGGACAAACGAAAGCGAAGAAAGCCGAACAGAGGCAAUCUUUACUUCAAUAUCAGUUGUAAAAGUUGCGCAUGAGGACGACGAACAACGUAUUUUCAGGGAAGAAGACGCCACCAUUAAGAUGUCGGAAGAUGAAGAAAAGCUCAAGGAAGAAGAAUCAUCAACCGAAGAGCAGGAUGUGAAAGAAGAUGAGGCAUUAACUGAGGCUGCUUUCAGAGCAGAAAGAGAAGAAGAAGAACGCAAGGCAGAAGAUACAUCAGACGAGCCAGAUAGAGGCCAAAGAGAAGACGAAGUGGCUCAAGUUCCGAUCAUUCCACUAAUGACUGCGUCGGACGUUGCUUACAAAACCGCAAGGUCAGAGAAAGAAAUCCAUGAAGAUUACCAAGAAGAAGUCGAAGUAGAGAGAAUAGAGUCAAAAACACAUCCGGUGGUUUUAACGGACGUAGACUUUACCGAAGAAAUUGAAGUCGAAAAAAUGCAAGAGGAAUUGGAAGAGGAGGAGGAUAGUGGUAAACAAGACGUCUACGAGGAAGAAGUCGAAAUCCAAAGGGUCGAAAACCAAGAAGAACAAUUUAUAGAGGAAUACCACGAUGAUGUGUUCGAGGAAGAAGUUAUGAUAGAAAGAAUUGAAGAGGAACACAAGGAAGAACAGGAAAGCUCUCCUGAUGCAGCAUCACUUCUAGUGUAUGAAGAAGAACUAGAAGUCGCUGCCGACCAAAUACCAGAGCAACCAAAUCCUGCAGAAGUAAACGUUGUGCAAGCAGAACCAUUGCAUGAAGAUGCCGGCCAAAACAAUGACGGCCAAAACAAUGCCGACGAAAACGAUGCCGGUGAAGACAACGUCGGCGAAAACAAUGAAGUCGGACAAGUGGAAGAAGAAGAACAAGCUUGGGAAGAAUACGAAGAAAUGGAAGAGCAAGACCAGGAGAUUCCUCAGGAAAUCCAAGGUAUUGCAGUUCAGGGUGACAUGCAUUUAUAUGAUAACAACAACAAUGAGUCUUUACCGAGAUACUAUGUGGACUUUUCUCCCGGAGGGAGUUUCGAACACGAGUCUACUACAAGUGACGAUGGGGAAGGCCCAGAAGUAUAUCGACAAGGAGAACCAAUGGAAGAAGAUAUGGAAGAGUUUAUCCUCGUGAAAUAUGAGGACCAAUCAAGUUCUUCGGAGGAAGAUAUCUCAGAUCACCGAGAAAUGUAUGUUAUUCACGAGGAAGAUUCAGAAGAUCGUGCGGACGAGAAGAAAGAAAUGACAGAGGAAUCUCACGAAGAAAAGGUUGCAUACGACCAAGGUUUCGUGAACCCAGCUUUGGAAGACAUCAGAGAGGAAGAAGAAGAAGAAAAGCAGAAACACCAUCAAGGAGAAGGUGAAGAGGUUGAUAUUGAGGAGAAGCUUCAACUUGAAGAAUAUGAAAGACUUGAAUCCUUCGUGAUUCUUGAGGAGAAACUUAGUCAAGUUGAGUCGGAUGAAAGCAUUGAGGAUCUGACAAGUGGAACCGAUGGAAAACGUGCUUCCAGUGAGGAAACUUUAAACGAUGAAGACGAACUCAGCGAGACAAGGACUUCAUCGACAUUGAAGGAUGGAUCUAACUCAAAGGAUGAUGCAAGUGGUGAUGAGGCUAGUACCCCAGAGACGCAACCUUCUGCAUUGGAUACCACUUUGACAAAAGAAGUAGAGGAAGAAACAAUCGACCUCGAAGACGGUGGCGUUCUUAGUAAACGUACUGUACGUGAAGAAAGCUACUCGAUUGAGGAAGACGAUGGUGACGAUGAUGACAAGGAUAAAACAUUAACAAGAAAGAAAAUAUCUAAGAAAGUGAUAACUACUACUUCUACGAGUGAGACGCAUGUCAAGCGUAUUGAGAGCAAAGACAAUCCUUCUCCAUCUGGUUCAGACAACGAAAGCGAACACCAAAAAGAACAUGCAGAAGACUUGACAACAAAAUAUACAACAGAGACAGUACAACCGGAAAAGCAGUAUAGUGGAGAUGAGAAAAGCGGAAAGGAAAUCGAUGAAAGUCCUAAAUAUGGAACUAAAAUGAUAGAGACCGAGCAGGAGACGAUAGAUUUGGAUGACGGUGGAGUGAUGAAUAAAUUCGUCACCCGAGAAGAAACUUACACCGUAGAAGAAGGUAACGGUGAUGGUCAUGACGAUCAAGACUCGUCUAUAUCGAGGAAGACAGUCUCUAAAAAAAUCGUAACGACCACCACUACAAGUACCUCAAGAGUAACGCGACUGGAAGAUGAACCUUCGAGUUUUUCAGAUGACGAUGCUAACAGAGUAGUCGAGACUUCAUCUGAGGAAACACACACAACGAUAAUCAAGAGUAGACAACCUGAAGAGCCACUGGUUACAGCAAAACGACAGCUCAGUCUUGAAAACUAUGGGGCUUCUUCUGAAGCUUGCAAAGAUCCCUCCAGAAAAAGAAGAGGAUUUCUAAAGCGUUUUGACUCCCACGAGAGUGAAGGCCAUUCCUCUGAAGUCAGUUCGACAACGGAUUCGACAGGAGAAUCCACAAGCAUAUCAAGUGAAGGCCACGUGUCGGAUGAGGAUUUCUCGGGUCUAGAUGAAUUCCAAAUUGACUGCAUACGACAACACAACAUAUACCGCCACCGACAUCGCGCCUGCAGACUACUGUGGUCAGAGGAUCUUGCUGCAGCUGCUGCGCAAUGGGCUGACCAUUUGGCUGCCACCAAAACUCUCGAUCACAGUCCCCAGAAAGAAUGCGGUGAAAACCUCGCCUGCGCCAAGGGCUACGACCUGAGGGGUGAUAAAGUGGCUGACAUGUGGUACGAAGAAAUAAGCGACUACAAUUUUGAGAUUCCGGCGUUCAAUGCUAAAUGUGGUCAUUUUACCCAGAUGAUUUGGAGAGGGACUAAAGAAUUUGGUGUCGCUAAGACCAUUGCAGACGAUGGUUCUCAGUAUGUUGUUGCGCGAUACAAUCCACCGGGGAAUAUCUUGGGAGAGUUUAAAGACAGCAUAAGGAGAUCCCGAGGCCAAAAAACAAAUGUAAGGAAAAGGAGAAGAUCAAGUACUAGGAGACAAUUGAGUCAUUCCUCUGAUAUGUCCAAUGUUCUACAUCGAGAAAAGUUCAAGAACGAGUGCGUUAUAAGUCAUAACUACUACCGUUCCUUACACGGUGCGCCACCGCUCAAGUGGUCAACAAUGCUAGCCAACGAAGCCCAAACCUUCGCAGAAAAAUUAACCAAAAGCGGCUCGUUUAUGCAUAGCGGAUCCAAAGAAAUCGGCGAGUGCCUCGCCUUCUCGUUCGGUCUCGACCUCUCAGGUCGUGACGCCGUAGACACGUGGUAUGACGAGAUCGUCGACUACGACUACGAAUACCCAGGAUAUACAUCGCAUACUGCCAACUUCACCCAAGUCGUCUGGGCAGGUUCAAAGGAGUUCGGUAUGGGGAAAGCAAUUGGAGAUGACGGAUCGUGCGUAGUUGUAGGCAAAUACUAUCCGCCUGGCAACAUCGUAGGAGACUUCCACGAGAAUGUCAAGCAGAAAGGAACCGGGUUCUAAUGAGGUCGAACAACACCCUUUCAAAUCUCUCGGUUGCCAUAGCAACAAUAUCGUAAAAUGCAGGAGAAUUUAUUUUAAAAUGUCGAUGGACAAAAUAGAUUUCGAUUCUAGAUCUCGUUUCGAGAUAUAAGGAAAUGCAAAAUAGGUCUUAAACAUUUCUUGAUUCAUAAUUUGGUAACAGAGAAAAUAAGUAAAACUGUUAACUGUAAGAGCAAAGAAACAUCUUGUGACGUCUUGCAAAAACUUACAUUUACUUUACUGUUAACAAGUGUGCAAAUCAUCUUCCCCUUAGGGGAGGGGUGAGGCCUUGUCACGUGCAAGCUCUUUUUAUUAUCUAUUAUCUAAGUAAUCAAUGGUAACUUACUUUUUUAAGGCUAAAAAUUUAAACUAAAAUCCAAUGAGUGUCAAAAACUCAUGACUACCAUGAAACAAAAAGUAGAAAAGAUUUCAAAAGAAUGAGAUUAACUUCAUUUUAAUAGGUUUAACGAAUUUAAACUAUCUGGGUCAAAGCUAUGUAAAAUCCAAUUCUGCUGUGCUCUCUUACUAAUAGCUUUGAACAUUCUCAAAUACCAAGACAACUAAGAUCUUAGGGGGGAGGGGUAGUCUCGAUUAUCACUUGAUGUAAUCAAAAUGAUUCUAAGCCAAUCAAAUAAUUUUAAGAUGAUAAUUCACUCUGAAUUUUUAUUCUAUUUCAAAGCUACUAAAUAUUGUUAAUUAACUUUGCCAAGCCUAAAAGGUAAUGCCGUCUUAAAACAAAAAA